ACAAUUUAGGAGGGGUAGUUUAGGCUCACUACACUACUAGACAGGGUAGCCUACUAGUCAGAUAAAUUGACCCUCCGCGGCUUCCGUUCCAGAUGACUCCUACCCUAUGUUAUGCUGUGAUGGUCCAAUGAGGAGCAGCUAGCAACAGUGAGGGUUCAACAUUUACAACUUCGCCGACGGGGUGUGUUUUCCCCCUGGUCGCGCAGUGUACAAUGAUGAAAUUAGCGGCUAAGACAUCCUGACAUCCACAGCAUAAUCAAUGUGGGUCCCUCGUUGUUUCGGUGACCGACAUGGACACAAGUGACAACAAGGAUGUGAAGCUUUCUGCCGAAGUGGAGCCGUUCAUCCCUCAGAGGAAAGGUCUGGAGUCUGCCCUGGUCACUAUGAGUCUGUCUGGAGAGGGAGGAGGAGGGGGGGGUGGAGGGGGCGGAGGAGGGGGCGGUGGAGUGGAGCCCACCCCCAUCCCCAGCUACCUCAUCACCUGCUACCCCUUCGUCCAGGAGAACCAGCCCAAUAGACAGCUGCCAACGAUGUACAGUGGGGAUAUGCGCUGGCAGCAGCCCAACCCGAGCCCGGCGGGGGGCUACCUGGCGUACGGCCCCAUCCUGUCCUCGCCACAGCCCCCCGUCUCCAACGACUACGCCUACUACCAGAUCAUGCCGGCGCCCUGCCCCCCCAUGAUGGGCUUCUACCAGCCGUUCCACGCCGCCGCCGCCGCCGCUGCUGCCGCCGCCGCGCCCUACGGGACGCCCGUGCAGACGGGAGUGGUGAGCCCUGUGUCCACAGAGUGCGGGGGGGAGCGCAUCCAGCCCCCCAGCCAGGCCUUUGGGGUGGCCAACCAGAGGGGCAGGGGCAUGAACCGCACUGCUGCUCUGCCCAAGCCGAUGCUUCAGCCAAUGAGGGCGAAGCGUACACCUCCUCGCAGGGACGUGGCGGUCCAGAAGGAGGUGGGGGCGUCGGGACCGGACUGCCGGCCCAAAACCGUGCUGCUGGUGGACGCAGCGCAGCAGACAGAUUUUCCCGGUGAAGCCGGCGGGGGGCGGAACGUGCCGGAGUGCGCGAGUCCGCAGUCGUGGAAGAGCAACAAGGCGCGGCGCCGGAGGCUCUCGCACCCGGCCGAGUCGUCCAGCGAGCAGGGCGCCAGCGAGGCCGAUAUCGACAGCGACAGUGGCUACUGCAGCCCCAAACACAACCAGGCGGGCGCCCACGCCCACGCGGGCACGUCAGCCAGCACCGCCCCUGCACCCCUGCUGCCCACCUCCGCGCACCCCGGGGUCGGGGAACCCCCUAUGGUGGCACCGUCGGCGGUUGAAACGGGCGUGAUGACGGCGGUGAGCUGGGUGAACGUGGCGUCCCAGGCAGGCCAGAGAGGGGCCUGGGGGGACAGGAGCGCCCCCUUCCACAGAGCCACCAAGCCACCAGAACAGAGGAGCUUUGCACAGGUGGGCUUCCAGGUGCGUGGCCCUGUGCUGGGUGUGGGCCCUGACAGGAGCAUGUGCGGACCAAAGAGGCUCCAGCAGGGCACAGUGCAGCCUGCACCACAACUCCCCGGCUCCGAACUCACCCCCGAACCCCUCUACUUUGAGGAUGAAGAUGAGUUUCCUGAACUGGCCAGUGGUGGCGCUCCUGCGCGAAAUAAGGCAGAGCCAGCCCAACCCAAGAUGCCCAAAGGCUUGCUGGAGAACUUGCCGGAGAACUCUCCCAUCAACAUCGUGCAGACGCCCAUCCCCAUCACUACGUCGGUGCCCAAGCGGGCCAAGAGCCAGCGGAAGAAGGCCCUGGCGGCAGCCCUGGCCACCGCACAGGAGUACUCCGAGAUCAGCAUGGAGCAGAAGAAGCUACAGGAGGCCUUGACGAAGGCUGCAGGGAAGAAGAGUAAGACUCCUGUGCAGUUGGACUUGGGGGACAUGCUGGCAGCGUUGGAGAAACAACAGCAGGCCAUGAAGGCCCGGCAGCUCACCAACACCAAGCCACUCUCAUAUACAGUUGGCACGACAGCCCCCUUCCAUGGAAAAGACCCAGCUGGCAAGGGGGCGGCCGGGACGCCAGCAGCGGUGGGGGUGGCGGUGACAGCAGCGGGGGCGAGAGACCAAACCUACAGCACCCCCCACAAUAUCCUGGACUCCACCGCCCCGCGCAUCAAGAGGGGCAAGGAGCGGGAGCUGCCCAAAGUCAAACGGCCGACCGCCCUGAAGAAGAUCAUCCUGAAGGAGCGGGAGGUGCGAAAGGGCCGCUUCUCGGUGGAGCCGGGUGCGAACGGAGCAGGAGAGCCGGGCGAAGAGGAGCUGCACUUCACAGACACGGACCUCCCCCGCGACGGAGUCUCCCAGGAGGAGAACGGUUUGAGCGUGCCCAGUGAUGAUGCCUCCUUAUCCCCAGCCAGUCAGAACUCUCCGUACAGCAUCACGCCCGUGUCCCAGGGCUCUCCUGCCAGCUCGGGGAUCGGCAGCCCCAUGGCCUCUGCCAUCACCAAGAUACACAGCCGCAGAUUCAGAGAGUACUGUAACCAGGUGUUGAAUAAGGAGAUCGACGAGAGUGUGACGCUACUGCUGCAGGAGCUGGUCCGCUUCCAGGAGCGCGUGUACCAGAAGGACCCCAGCAAGGCCAAGGCCAAGCGCCGCCUCGUCAUGGGCCUGCGCGAGGUCACCAAGCACAUGAAGCUCAGCAAGAUCAAGUGCGUCAUCAUCUCGCCCAACUGUGAGAAGAUACAGGCCAAAGGUGGUCUGGAUGAGGCUCUUUACAAUGUCAUAGCCAUGGCUCGGGAGCAGGAGAUCCCCUUUGUGUUCGCGCUGGGCCGCAAGGCACUCGGCCGCUGUGUCAACAAGCUGGUCCCCGUCAGCGUAGUCGGCAUCUUCAACUUCAGUGGAGCGGAGGUAUGGGCAGAGCUGUUCAACCGCCUGGUGUCUCUGACGGAGGAGGCGCGAAAGGCCUACAAGGACAUGGUGUCGGCGCUGGAGCAGGAGCAGGCCGAGGAGGCGCUGAAGAACGUCAAGAAGGUCCCGCACCACAUGGGCCACUCCCGCAACCCCUCCGCCGCCAGCGCCAUCUCCUUCUGCAGCGUCAUCUCAGAGCCCAUCUCAGAGGUCAACGAGAAGGAACACGAAACCAAUUGGAGGAACAUGGUGGAGUGUACGGACGGCCUGGAGCCCAUGGACAACGAGCCUCCUUGCACCAGCAGCAGCAGCAGCAAGUCCCCCGCCAGGAGCACAACCCCCCCGCUCCCUAAGGAGCCAGACAGCCACACGGCCAACACCACCACCACCACCACUAACACAUCCACCACAUCAGCAUCCAGCGUCAGCUCCGGACACUCCCUAUCCCAGUCCAGCACCCUCCAACGAUCAUCAUCAGCAUCGGCGUCAGCAGCAGCAGCAGCAGCAGCAGCGACGGCGCCCUCCGAUGGCAGCGGUGGGAAGGAGGAAGGAGCGGCGGCCAAGGCGGCCCCGGAUGAUCGCCUGGAGUGGGCCUCGCAGCAGAGCACCGAGACGGGCUCGCUGGACGGCAGCUGCCGGGACCUGCUGAACUCCUCCAUCACGAGCACGACCAGCACGCUGGUGCCAGGCAUGCUGGAGGAGGCUGAGGAGGAGGAGGAGGAAGAGGACGACUACACGCCCAUAGAGCCCAUCUCCGUGGAGGUGCCUCCUCUCUCCUGCAGCCGCAUCGAGUCCUGGGUCUCCAAGACCUUGGAGAACCUGCAGCUGGGCAAGAGCCAGGACAGCACGGAGGAGGAGGAAGAGGAGGAGGAUGAUGAAGAUGAGGAGGAGGAUGGGGGUGCAGCGAGCGAGGAGGAGGAGGUUCUAGAGGCGGCAGAGGUGGUGGUGGUUCCAGAGGGCAAGGAGGCUACAGAGACCCAGAAGGCCCAGAAGACACAGGGCUAACGGACUCAUGUCUCUCUCUCUCUCUCUCUCUCUCUCUCUCUCUCUCUCUCUCUCUCUCUCUCUCUCUCUCUCUACUUUCUUCAUUUUGUUCAACCUCCUCUUCCUUCCACCUCCUCACCUCCAUUUCUCCUCAUCUCCACAUUUUCUUUUGUCUCCUCACCUCCCUUUCUUCGCCUCAUCUUCUCUGACUGUUCUCCUCACCUCCUCCAUUUCUCCUUCUCCUCCUCCUCACCUCCUCUGUUUCUCCUUCUCCUCCUCCUCCUCAACUCCUCCAUAUCGCCUCCUCCUCCUUUCCAAGCAACCAGCAGCUCCACAGCCAUGGGUAGCCAUGUCUCUGGCUCCAGACCUAACCAGUAUCUCAGGAAGACGACCAACCUAUAGUAUACUAUCGAACCAAACUCACCUUCUCAAAAAUAACCCCAGUACAUACACUCACACACACACAUGCACACGACACAUUCUUACUCACUUACUCACUUUCUUUCUGUCUCUCUCUCUCUCUCUCACACACAUACACACACACACACACACACACACACACACACACACACACACACACACACACUCACUCUCUCAAUGCUGGCGUGUAGCUGCCGGAGAGCUGAGUGGGGAGACGUUAGUUGUUGGUGCACAUCUCCACCUCUCUCAUACUUGAAUUACCUUGUAACUGACUGACUUGACAGGUGCAGUGAGGUCUUUCAAAGGGAAUUGGAAAAUAAGUCCCUCCCUCGAGACCGCAACACCACACUCCCUCCUCUUUUUAGUUUACUACGCAGUGGGAAGAAGUCGUUUGUGGACUACAGUGAUGUUGAGGACUGCACACAUGCGACCGGUUGCCGUCUAGAAGGGCGCAUUCAGGCCAACUGAGAAUCUUGCCGGUGCUCGUUCCCGCACCUAAUCGCAAACCGGAUGCCGUGUUCACGCCGCAGAUAUUAGCGAUCACGAACCGGAAAGUUGGUUCGCAAUGCGUUUUUUUCUCUGCGAACCGUGACGACAAUGUGGCCGUCAGCAGGUUCAACCGGGUAACAUAGUCACGUGUGGAAAAAGUUCAGAGCCCGGUAUGAACACGAGCGGGUCGCAGAUAAGCUCUUUAGUGCCCAAUAUAACUGGUGCGGGCACCGGCACCGGCUCCGUUCUGGUCGGCCUGAAAACCCUAGAAGAGAACUCCCAGGUGAUUGAUGGGAGUUCCCAAUGCAGUGACUCGAUCAUCGAGUCAUGUUGCAACUCUAGCUUCUUAAACUGUCUCCGUCAUACAAAAAAGAUAGAAAAAAAAGAAAAGAAGAUAAAAAAAUAAUAAUACCCCAAUAUUGGUGGUUAGCUAUGGGUGGGGGCUUUAUUUGACGAAAUAUGUUUGGCCUUGCUUAAACUGCGAUUGUUUUGGUGGUUUAGUUGCUGUGCUUCAUUUAUUAAUUUAUUCACUUUCAUUUGGGUGUGUCUCCUGUUGACGCGAAUGUGGAAUAAGUCCAUGCUCGUGGAAACAGGAAGAACAGACGGGCGAAUAAGAGCAAGGCCACGCCUCCCUAGACUAAUGAACAGCCCUGUUAAAGGAGGGGUGUCUGUGAUGGAUAUACAGUAUACGACUAUACUAUGUGCAAGUCAUCACUUUCGGAAGCAUAGUGCUGUCUAAAAUCACCUGAUUGAUAUUCUGGACCUUUUACACAGAUCACAUGUGUUGUUUUUGUUUGUUUGUCUGUUUGUUGGAUCUCAAAUUAUGUCAGUUUGUGUGACAAUGGUUUGAGGUUGGUAAUAUCACUUACUAAUGAGAACUUAAUUCAGAACAAAAUGUGUCUCGAUGUACAUACCAUGUAUAGGUUGUUAUGCUAGUUAAUCUGUUGUAUUUAUCCUGCGUGGGUAACAAGCUUAUCUGGGGAUGUUCUGUUUGUUUUUUUGUUUUUAUUUCUCUUGUGUGCUUUGUCGCUUGUCCAUACUAAAGCAAGCUCGGCUAGUUUGAUUUCUCCUGGUCACGGUACUGUACUAGGUUUCAGUUCAGCGUUGUUAUCAAUGGCAAACGUGGCCUCGUAAAACUGGCAUUAGAGAUGGGCAUUGCACCAAGCAAGGGACAUGGGGGGGGCUGUAGUGUUUGAUAUGAUGCUAAAUGUUUAUCGUAGCUGUGGCUCUUGAUGGGAGUGGCCGCAGCGUGUAAAACACCCCUGACCAGUCCUUGUAUGAUCGUCCCGUACGACUUCCUCUGUCCUCAGCUCUGGACUUUUUUUUUUUCCCUUUCUUUUAAGAAAAAAAAACAACAACUCUGACUUGGCUCUUCCCCUCCCCUCCCUCCGUCUCAGCUCUUCCCCUCCCUUCCCUCUGUCUCAGCUGCCACUCUGACCUUGGGUAACUCUGCCACAGACGACCAUGCUGCGAGCGCUGUUGAAUUCUAGUACUGUUAUUUUUGUAUUUCUCAAAGAACCAACCAAACGCCCUACAAUAAAGUCACAUUUUGUGUGUCAUCUUUAUUGUAAUAUCAGCAUUCGGAACAGCUAUACUGCAGCUGGUACACUGUGGCAGAGUUUAUGGUCUUUUGCUCAGCCCUCUCCAAGGCAAUCCUCUGGUUUCCUUCGUGUUUCUUAAAUGUAAGUAUUAUAUAUAAUGGAUUUUGGAAUGUGAAGCAAUGGUCUUCGGCUUGUUCCAUAACAGAAUCAGUGAUUAAACCCAUGUAGCUUCUAAGGACAUGUGCAACUAAAUCUAGCCAGGAAUGAUGGGUAAAAAAAUAUAGCAUGGUUUAAGGAUUAAGCAUUGUGUUUUUUAAAAAAUGUGAGCUUAACACCAUGUUUUAACUUUAUUUUUGUUUUUGGUUGAACCUCCAAAUUUUGAACGACUUACGAAUGAAAUGUUACAGAAUCAAAACUUUUUUGUGAGCAUAUAUUGUCAUCAUGUUCAGACAUAGUGGAAAAUUCUCCCUUGUGAACAGUUGUAAGUAUUGUGCAAUACCAUGGCUCUGGAACAGGUAACAUGUUGUAGACAUGCCAGUAAAACAGUGAAGGUCUUCAGUCAGAUGAAAGGUACUGUGUCGUAGGCUUUUUGUCGACUCCUCUUCUCUUCUUUCCUACCCACUUUGUUACCAUGUGUCUGAAGUAAUGAAAGCAAAAUGUGUGUUCUUUGCACUAUGUAAAUAAUAGCAGACAACCUCUUGUAACUAAUGUGAAAAAAAUAUGGUUCAAUGAAGUACCUUUUUUCAGUGUGUGGCUGUUCUUUAUAUUACUAUUUAAGAGUUGCUCUUGUACAGCACUAGGAACUAGUAGAAGCCUCGGCUCGCAUACCCUAAUUGUAUAAUCUUAACCAUCUGACUUAUUGUUAUUAAUGAUAAUAAAAUGUUGUUAAAAAACG